UUCUAGAGUAACUCCAUGGAGAAGAUAAACAAUGUAACUGAAUUUGUUUUCUGGGGUCUUUCUCAGAACCUCAAGGUUGAGAAAGUGUGUUUCGUGGUGUUUUCUUUCUUCUACUCUGUCAUUCUUCUGGGAAACCUGCUCAUCAUGCUCACAGUUUAUGUGGGCAACCUUUUCAAGUCCCCAAUGUAUUUCUUUCUCAACUACCUGUCUUUUGUGGACAUCUGUUACUCUUCAGUCACAGCUCCUAAGAUGAUUGUUGACUUACUGGCCAAGACCAAAACAAUCUCCUAUGUGGGGUGCAUGUUGCAGCUCUUUGCAGUACACUUCUUGGGUUGCACUGAGAUCUUCAUCCUCACGGUAAUGGCCUAUGAUCGUUACGUGGCUAUCUGUAAACCCCUACACUAUGUGACCAUCAUGGACCGGGAGAGAUGCAAUAAAAUGUUGCUGGGGACCUGGCUAGGUGGGUUCUUGCACUCCAUCGUCCAAGUGGCUCUAGUAGUCCAACUACCCUUCUGUGGGCCCAAUGUGAUCGAUCACUACUUCUGUGAUAUUCACCCUCUGCUGAAACUUGCCUGCACAGACACAUACGUCGUUGGUGUUGCUGUGAUAGCCAACAGUGGUAUCAUCGCUCUGGUGAGCUUUGUUAUCUUGCUCUUCUCCUACAUCCUCAUCCUGGUGUCCCUGAGAAAGCAGUCAGCAGAAGGCAGGCGCAAAGCUCUCUCCACCUGCGGCUCCCACAUUGCUGUGGUCAUCAUCUUUUUUGGUCCCUGUACAUUCAUGUAUAUGCGUCCCGAAACUACCUUUUCAGAGGAUAAGAUGGUGGCUUUGUUUUAUACCAUCAUCACCCCUAUGUUAAACCCCCUGAUUUAUACACUGAGAAAUGCAGAAGUAAAAAAUGCAAUGAAGAAACUGUGGGGCAGAAUUCCCAUUGUGUCUCAGCAGGUUAAGACUAACCUGAAAAUCUAG